UUUUGGCCAAAGAGUAAAUUUUGGCUCAUCUCACAUCUGAUUUGUAUCUAUUUUUGCCCUGAAUAUACAGAGUAUUAUUUAUAAUGUCCUUAUGUACAUGAAUUUGUUGUGAUAUAAAAAGACCUAAAACCGAUCCUACUUAUUGCUUCUCACAUUAAAUCAUAAAUUUAGUAUAUCUUCAUUCUCAUGUCUAACUCAGGUGAAUUUUGUUUUUUUGUUUUAUUGCCAUUUCGUCUCUGUACCAAUUCUUGAUGCUGUCGGGGUACAAUGUGUACCAUACCACCAGUUCCUCCACCUCCGCCCCCUGAAUCCAAGCCAUCUCUAAUAUCACCAACAAAGUGUGCUCCUGACCAGGAUAUUGCAAAAAGAAACUUUGAUGUCUGCCACUGGGCAUUGGACCAUGAGCUUUCGCAAGCAUGUGAAAAAUACCACGUUUGUUUAAAUGAAGCACCUUUUAAGUACAAAUAUAAACAUUUUGAGUCAAGAAUUCAAGUCGGACCCACAUGUGGUCUGGUAGCUCUCUCUAUGCUCUGCAAUGACGAGAUCACCCCGGAAGAACUCCUGAGCAUUGCCAAAAUGGAGGGAUACAGUAAUAAUGGAGAAAUGUUCAGUUGUGAAAACAUGAUUAAGCUAACUGAAAAAGUAUUCAAUUUAACCGAAAUUAAUAAUGUUAAGUAUGAACUAAGGAGAGGUGGUUUAUUCAGUAAGGAGACUAUAGAAAAAUUACUGGAUGGUGCUGUGCUGUUGGUUCCUUAUGAUGCUGACUUCAAUCAUUCACCUUGUCUCAAGAAAGGUCACACUGCACACUGGGCUCUCGUCUGCGGAGUGAUCAUCAUUAAUGACCCUGGGGAAGCUUAUGAAGAUCCCGAAAAUGUUUAUGUUUUGUGCAAGCAUGGCAAAUCCAGGUAUCUCGCAGCUUGGAAACUGGCCGCUUUGGAUGCGAGUAAUAAAAAUCUUAUGGAAUUCUCACCUAAGAGAGGGGGUGAAGAAUGGAUUUACAUACUACCUGAAGGUGGCAUUGGGGGUGACAGGGGAUUAAGGGAUCAGUUCUUGUUAUACGAGGGGGUUUGAGAUUGUUGAUAUUUAUUGUAGUUUUUUGAAGUAUUGACUAUUGAGUAAGAGUAAAAAGAAUUUUAUUAUAUUGUUAUAAAUAUUAUAAGAUAC